CCAAAAUGGCGAUGGAUGGUAUGACCACAUCUCUAUCAGGACUAUCGUAUCACAAUGUUGGGGACUUUUACCCCAGAAAAUUCGGUUCCAAGCCGGACGUGGUGCCGUCCGGGAUGACCGAGAGGAAAGUUGGUCCCCUGGAUAAACCUGACAUGGUGGCGGUGGACGUUAUCAACGAUUCAGAUAUCCCAAUGCACAGAAAAAAGCAUGAAACUGACAUGUUUGUGCUGGGUACUAUACACCCAUUCCGGAAGACGCACAGGUCCUUCUUUGGGAAACUCUCUCAAGAAUUCCGCUUGGUUACUUCAGACAGACAGUCAUGGAGAAUCCUGGUGUUCAGCAUGCUGAAUGUCCUCUGUACUGGUUGCCUGCUGAUGUGGUGCAGCUCCACCAACAGUAUGGCCUUAACAGCAUACACAUACCUCACCAUCUUCGAUCUCUUCAGUCUGAUCACCUGUCUGCUGAGUUCCUGGGUGGCCAUGAAGAAGCCUAGUCAACUCUUCUCGUUUGGGUUUAAGCGACUGGAGGUCCUUGCUGUGUUUGCCUCCACGGUGCUGGUGCAGCUGGGUGCUCUGUUCAUCCUGAAGGAGAGUGUGGAGAGAUUCGUGGAGCAGCCUGAGGUGCACACGGGUCGUCUGUUGGUGGGGACCUUUGUAGCUCUGUUCUUCAACCUGCUAACUCUUCUCUCUGUGAAGAACAAGCCCUUUGUCUACGUCUCAGAAGCUGCCAGCACCAGUUGGCUCCAGGAGCAUGUCGCAGACCUAAGUCGAAGUUUGUGUGGGAUUAUCCCUGGCCUCAGCAGUGUCCUCCUGCCUCGAAUUAAUCCAUUUGUCUUAAUCAACGUGGCCGGAGCUCUCUCACUCAGCAUCACCUACAUGCUCAUAGAGAUCAAUAAUUACAAUGCUGUGGACACGGCCUCUGCGGUGGCCAUUGGCCUCAUGAUCUUUGGCACCAUGUAUCCUAUGAGCGUGUACAGCGGGAAGGUGCUCCUUCAGACCACUCCAUCCCAUGUCAUCGGUCAGCUUGACAAAUUGCUCAGAGAGGUCUCCACUCUGGAGGGGGUCCUGGAGGUCCGUAACGAGCACUUCUGGACGGUUGGCUUUGGCUCUCUGGCUGGCUCCGUCCACGUCAGAAUACGCCGGGAUGCCAACGAGCAGAUGGUGCUGGCCCAUGUGACCAACCGCCUCUUCACCCUCGUGUCCACGCUGACGGUUCAGAUUUUCAAGGAUGACUGGAUCCGGCCUUCCCUCGUGGCCGAGGCGCUCCCAGCCGGCACACUCAGACCCUCUGACUACGUGGGCCUGUCUAGCUUCGUCCCCCCUCCCCCCAAACCCUCGGAGGACAUUAAUUGUCUCACCUCCACCCCGUUUAAACCCAGCAGCCCGCCGCCAGAGUUCUCCUUCAACACCCCUGGGAGGCAUGUCCACCCUGUGGUGCUCCCCAACACCCAGCCUCAAAGGCCUUACGGCAUGGGCCUCAGCUACGGAGCCUCCCCCUACACCAGCAUGCUCAACCAGGACCUAGCCCAGCCGGGGGUGGGGAUAGGGAUGAACCUGGGAAUGGGUGCAGGGAUGCCUUUGUCACAAGGUUUCAGAACUGCUUUAGGUGCAGCGCCACAGCGAUUUGGAAGCAUCCCUGUCCCAUCACAGUACAGCCAGUACUGAUGUUUAGAACAUGAGGUAUAGAAGUGGGAUAUUAGAGAGAAAAUAUUAUGGUAUUUAUUUUUGAUGGAACCAGGACAUCCAUUCUGACCAUAGGUUGAUUUUCUAUCUUUGUAUAUGUUUUGUAUUAUUCUUCGAAAAGCUAAUGAGUUGGAAAUGAACUGUUGGCCUGUGUUCUUUCUUUGUAUGCCAGUUAAAAUGAAAAGUUAUUCUGUUUGAGAAUUGUGGAAGAGCUCUCGUGCUCUUAAGGCUUCAGUAUUUGAUUCAGUAACUGUUAUUCCCUUGGUUGAUGGCCAUCACAAGAUGGGAGUGAUAUAGGUAGAAAAAGUGACCUAAUGAAGGGAAAAUACAUAAUGGGGCAAUACAUACUCAUGAUCAAAGCAUCACUUUGAUACACUAUAAUGAUUCCUGAUGCUAACCUCAUUGUGAUGUAUGUAUUAUACCUUCUACUAUUUUAUGGAAACAAAUACAUACUGUAUCAUUUUCCAGUUCAGUAUAGUCAACAAUAAAUUAAAUGCAAAAUCACUGUAAUUGCCCUAUUGUUUGUCACAUACUUGAACUUUUCAGGUCAUGUCUAUGUCCGUUGAAAUACUCCAAUGCGUUUGGUGACUCAGUGGGAUGAGAAUUGUCAGCUGUCUGCAUUUUAAAAAAUGCAGGUAGGCCUACUUUAAUGUUCCAACAUAAUAUUCCAAUCGAAGCUUUAAGACGUUGUUAAAAAAAACACUUUCCAUGGGCUACCUGUUGAGAUGUUGAGGGUGAAUGGUGAAGAGUAUCAUAAAUAAAAUUGAAGCAUAUAGGAGAUGAUUGUCUGGCAUGUAAUAAACACAUUCCUCUUGAA